CACUAGCGUGGAAAGGAGGUUGAGUAAAGCCCUCAAAGGAUACGGGAGGAUAAACGCUCCUAGGCGCAUUAGUUCAUUGCUUUCUUCAGAGAGGAAAGGCACCCAAUAGACUUCGUUCUCUGAGUGUACAUAUUGGGAACAGGGAUUUUGGAGACCAAGUUGCACUGAUUCGGUCUAAAUUUUCUUCCACAUCUGCUUUGAGGAAUGCUGCUCUAAUACGCGACAGACCAUAUCGUUCCAGUUACCCGGACAAUCUGCAGCGACUAAAAUCGAGAUUUUGCAAAGUGACAUAAUGCAAUCUAAAUCGUAGGAUUAAAAACACAGACUUCGCUCAGAUUUCAAGAAGUCAGAACUCUGGUUUAAGAUACUGUUCGCGGAUUCAAUUGAACGAAAACUUAUGGAUAAAAUCUUACAUCUGACUAUUUUCUCGGAGUUGAACCCCUAAAACGUUGAAUCCCUAAAACGCAGGCGGCGUGCAGCAGUUUCAGCACCUAGUUGAGGCCCAGGUUGCGAGGUUAACGAUGUCGGGGGUCGCUUGUUUGGUUGCGUGUUUUGGGAAAUGAUUACUGGCAACAUCGACGGUAAAAUAAUGGUUAGAAGAUGGCUUGUGACGUUCAAACCUUUCAGGAUAUUUGUGGUGGGGAUCGGCUUCUUCAGCCUGUGUUUUCUAAUGACCUCCCUGGGGGGCCAGUUCUCAGCCAAGAGGCUUGGGGACUCUCCCUUCACCAUCCGGACAGAAGUGAUGGGGGGAGUGGAGUCUCGUGGGGUGCUCAGGAAGAUCAGUGACAUGCUGGAGGUGAUCCUGAAGAGGAUGGACAGUCUCUCCAAACUGGACAACAGCACCACCAGAGACACCCGCCGUCUGGAUGAACUCAGCUCGGCCAUCAACAGGUUCCAGCCAGCGGGCCUGGUAGAGAGGAUCCAGGCUAUAGCUCAGAACGUGUCCAACAUGGCGGUCAGAGUGGAACAGAUCCUCCAGAACAGCAUGGCCGCCGGCAGAGCAGUGAGAGACGGCUCCUCAGGCCAAUGUGAGGUACCCAGAGACCCCCACUACCCAGACUGCCCUGGAAAAGUCGACUGGAUGCGUGCCCGCUGGACAUCAGACCCGUGCUAUGCCUUCUACGGGGUGGACGGCUCCGACUGCUCCUUCCUUAUCUAUCUGAGCGAGGUGGAGUGGUUCUGCCCCCCUCUGGCCUGGAGGAACCACAGCAGCCCCCCCACCGUACACACACACACACACCAGACCACCACCACCAAGAGACAGGCUGCAUUCCGCACAGACCUGUCAUCUCUGCUAGACCAGGUUGGCACGGGCAAAGAGUCGCUGAGCUUCAUGAAGCGCCGUAUGAGGAGGCUGGCAUCACAGUGGGGCACGGCCGCCCAGCGCCUCCACUCCAAGCUGCGCCAACGCUGGAGGGAACAGAAGAAGAUCCUGGUGCACGUGGGCUUCCUGACAGAGGAGUCAGGGGACGUGUUCAGCCCCAAGGUCCUGAAGGGAGGUCCCCUGGGGGAGAUGGUUCAGUGGGCUGACAUCCUCACAGCCCUCCAUGUUCUGGGACACAACCUCAAGAUCUCCAUGUCUGUUAAGGAACUGCAGGGAUUUCUCGGGGUGCCCCCAGGCAGAGGGAGCUGCCCCUUGACAGGACCUCUGCCCUUUGACCUCAUCUACACAGACUACCACGGCAUGCAGCAGAUGAAGCAGCACAUGGGGCUUUCGCUCAAGAGACACAAGUGCCACAUCCGUGUGAUUGACACCUUCGGGACAGAGCCGGCCUACAACCAUGAGGACUACGCCACCCUGCACGGCUACAGGACCAACUGGGGCUACUGGAGCCUCAACUGCAGACAGUACAUGACCAUGUUCCCCCACACUCCGGACAACUCGUUCAUGGGCUUUGUGUCUGAGGAGCUGAACGACACGGAGAAGAGGAGCAUCAUGCAGAACAAGGUCAACAACAUGGCUGUGGUUUACGGAAAGGAGGCCAGCAUGUGGAAGGGUAAGGAGGGUUUCCUCCAGAUCCUCCACAGGUACAUGGAGGUCCACGGGACGGUGUACUACGAGACCCAGCGCCCCCCCGAGGUGCCUGCCUACGUCAAGAACCACGGCCUGCUGCCCCAGCACGAGCUGCAGACGCUGCUCCGCAAGGCCAAGCUCUUCAUCGGGUUUGGUUUCCCCUACGAAGGGCCCGCCCCUCUGGAGGCCAUAGCCAAUGGGUGCAUCUAUCUGCAGCCCAAGUUCCACCCACCACACAGCUCGCUCAAUCACGAGUUCUUCAGAGGCAAGCCCACGUCUAGAGAGGUGUCAUCCCAGCACCCGUAUGCGGAGCAGUACAUCGGGCGGCCCCACGUCAUGACAGUAGACUACAACAACUCCCAGGAGUUUGACGCCGCCAUCAGAGAGAUCAUGAGUACCAAGGUCGAGCCAUACCUACCGUAUGAGUACACCUGCGAGGGAAUGCUGGAGAGGGUACACGCCUACAUACAGCAUCAGGACUUCUGUGCCCCCGAGGCCCCUUUCCCUCCGGCCAACUCCUCCUCCAAGCUGGGGAUUAGUAGUCUCGGUAGCCCUGGGCCUCAAUUUGUCCUGCUGCCCAACUCCAGUGCCCUAACCUGGGCCCCCGACGCCAGCGCCCCCUCUGCCUGGCCCCCUCUCAGCUCUCUGAGGCUGCUGGCGUCCCAGGAGGGCCAGUCGUGUGUGGAGGCGUGCCAGCGGGCCAACCUGGUGUGUGAGCCCGCGCUGUUCCGCUUCGUCAACAACAAGGAGGCCCUGCGCGGGUUAGAGGUGCAGUGUGAGGUGGUGGAGGCGGAGGUCAACCACGUGUUCCCGGCCUUCUCCAUCCUACGCCGGGAGUGCAGCCUCCAGAAGGACCCCCUCCUCUACAGCUGUGCCGGCCACAGCCCCAAGUACCACCGCCUCUGCCCCUGCCGGGACUACCGCCGCGGCCAGGUUGCCCUCUGCCGAGACUGCUUAUGAGGAGGGGCCAGGAGUUUUUCCAAUGAACGCCUGACCCGGCAAUGUGGCUAGGAAAAACUCCAGGCACUCUAGUUAUAGCCUAUGAAUUGUAGACUAUAAACUAUGGACAAUAAUCUCAACCGGCCCUGGUUAUAAUGCUAGGAGAAGGGCUGGCUAAAACUGAAGGGACCCCUCCCCCCCCCUCCAACUGGAAGACUUGGUUCCAAGUUACCCACUGAGCUUGAGUGGGUUGUUGUCCCAUAGUCACUCCUUCAUUCCUUGGUUUCUAAAUUGACUAAUAUGUUUCUGAUAUGAGCCUAUGGAUGGUUUGCCUCAAAGCUCCUCACUGGCCUAAGAGAGAUGUGCUGGACUAUACUGCAACAAGUAUAUCCGUUCACCAUGUGGCCACAGGAAAACACAGUAAUCCACAAUAGGGAAAAGGCUAUAUCGCCAUCUAGCUAGCUACCUAACUAAUACCUAGAGGAGACCACUGACCGGAAGAUCAUUGAUUUGCUGCUACAAUAUCAAUAAUUGGAAUUUAACCCUCCAAGACCAGGGAGUUAAGAGAGCAAUCGACCUGGGGAAGAAAACAGUUAACACAACGUGUGUCAAACUCCUAGAAAAAAGUGACCUUUGAGUGGAAUUCCACCUUUGGGUCAAUAACCCUCUCACCCCCUCUCUUUGGCGUUGUGCUUUGACAAUAGACGAUGGACACUCAGACUCUCUCCCUAGACUCUCUCCUUUUAAAGAUGAACUCUUUCUUUUGCGCGACUAAAAUAACCGUGGCUGCCAACGUAGUCAAUGCAAUCAUCUCUGUUGCGCUAAAAUGGACUAAAACAGAUUAAAGAUUAUUUUUUAAUAAAGUGAACGUUUUGAGCUCUGCUACUGCGAGAACAGAGGAUUUUUAAGAACCUUUCGGUGGUUUUGUGACGGAAAUAAAAAUAAAUAAAAAAAC